AUGGCCUCCAAACAUCCAAAGGCAAUUAUUUCUGCUACACUUCUUAACCGCCGGGCCCCACCUCAUGGGCUUCUACGGGACCCUCAGCAUCUGUCUCCUGGCAUGCAAAGAAAAGAGCAGAAUGUCUUGUCUCCAGUCAACUGCUGGAACCUUCUCUUGGCUCAGGUGAAGAGAGAGAGUCGAGACCAUGCCACACUCAGCGAUCUCUACCUCAACAACAUCAUCCCACGCUUCGCCCAGGUCAGCGAGGACUCAGGACGCCUCUUCAAAAAGCCUAUAAAAGAGCAGAAUGUCUUGUCUCCAGUCAACUGCUGGAACCUUCUCUUGGCUCAGGUGAAGAGAGAGAGUCGAGACCAUGCCACACUCAGCGAUCUCUACCUCAACAACAUCAUCCCACGCUUCGCCCAGGUCAGCGAGGACUCAGGACGCCUCUUCAAAAAGAGUAAAGAAGUGGGCCUCCAGCUGCAGGAGGAUCUCAUGAAGGUCCUCAAUGAGUUGUACACGCGGCAAGCAAAAUACACUGAGAACAAGCUGAAAGCCAUCAAGGCCAGGAAUGAGUAUCUUCUGGCUCUGGAGGCCACCAACAGCUGCGUCUUCAAAUACUACAUCCAUGAUCUGUCUGACCUCAUAGAUUGCUGUGACCUGGGCUACCAUGCCAGCCUGAACCGUGCACUGCGUACCUACCUCUCGGCCGAGUUUAACGUGGAGACUUCCAAGCACGGUGGUCUGGAGACCAUUGAGAACGCUGCUGAGAACCUGGAGGCCAAUGCAGACAAACAAAGGCUCAUGGAGACCUACAACAACGUCUUCUGCCCUCCGAUGCGCUUCGAUUUCCAGUCUCACAUGGGUGAUAUGGUGGGACAUAUGUGUGCCCAGCUGCCCGUGCAGGGAGAGCUGAUCCAGAGAUGCCAGCAGCUACAGUCCCGCCUGUCCACACUGAAAAUAGAGAAUGAAGAGGUGAAGAAGACAAUGGAGGCCACUCUACAGACCAUCCAGGACAUGGUGACCAUUGAGGACUUUGAUGUGACUGACUGCUUCCACCACAGUAACUCGAUGGAGUCGGUCAAGUCCACUGUGUCUGAAUCUUUCAUGAGCAAACCCAGCCUGGCCAAGAGACGAGCCAACCAGCAGGAGACAGAACAGUUCUACUUCACGAAACUGAAGGAAUUUCUGGAGGGCAGGAACCUCAUCACCAAACUACAGUCUAAACAUGACCUGAUCCAAAAGACUUUGGGAGAAAGUCAGAAGACCGACUACUGCCUUGCCAGCGGACGGAGGAACUCCACUGUUCGGAAACAGGAGUCCAGCCAAAUCAUUCCCCUGAUGGUAGAGAGUUGUAUUCGCUUCAUCAGUCGACACGGUCUCCAUCACGAGGGGAUAUUCAGGGUGUCUGGCUCCCAGGUGGAAGUCAAUGAUAUUAAGAGCGCUUUUGAAAGAGGUGAGGACCCGCUGGCUGGGGACCAGAAUGAUCACGAUAUGGACUCCAUCGCUGGAGUAUUAAAGCUCUACUUCAGAGGCCUGGAGAACGCCCUCUUUCCUAAGGAAGUCUUCCAUGACCUAAUGUCCUGUGUCUCCAUGGAGAACCUCCAGGACAGAGCUGUCCACAUCCGCAAAGUCCUGCUGUCUCUACCUAGCAAUACCCUGGUUAUCAUGAGAUACCUGUUUGCUUUCCUCAACCACCUGUCCCAGUACAGUGACGACAACAUGAUGGACCCCUACAACCUGGCUAUCUGCUUCGGCCCCACACUCAUGUCUGUGCCCGAGGGCCACGACCAAGUCUCCUGCCAGGCACAUGUGAACGAGCUCAUCAAAACCAUUAUUAUCCAUCACGAGUGCAUCUUUCCAGGGCCCCGUGAGCUGGAGGGGCCCAUCUAUGACCGUGGAGGAGCCGCUGAGGAAUACUGUGAUAAUCCACACAUUGAGCCCCCUCUAGUGGAUGAACCUGCACCUGACACCGUCUCUGAAAUCCACAACAGCGAUGAUGUAGUAAAGUCAGGGUCCUUGAACGUUUCAGAGUCUGACCCCAUUGAGGCCAUCGCACGUUUUGACUACUCUGGACGCACCAACCGUGAGCUUUCCUUUAAGAAGGGGGCACCUUUGCUGCUGUACCACCGUGCAUCUGAGGAUUGGUGGGAAGGUCGCCACAACGGCACUGAUGGACUGGUGCCGCACCAGUACAUAGUAGUGCAAGACAUGCCGGAUGGAUAUGCAGGCAGAGGAAGUCCCAAAGCUGACCUAGAGGCUUCCGAUGAUGCUGUGGAAGAGAAGGUGUCCACCAGAGCCAGUGCUAGCUCACCCACUGGAGGUCAUGUAGCUGAUAUCUACCUAGCUAACCUCAACAAGAUGAGAAAACGGCCUGAAGCGACCAGCAUCCGUAGAACAAUCCGGCCAGUGGAGGGACUAGGUGAGGGCUCAUCCGGAGCAGCAGGGGGUUUAAAGACCUCCUCCAUGCCGGCAGGUGGAUAUGCCAAGGAGGGCACAGACAAGCGGCCGGUCAGUGCUCACAGUGUCCUAAACUCCAUCACCCGACACUCCUCUCUGAAGACUAAGGUAGAAGGUCCUCAGCUCCGCAAGUCCACUCCUGCAGGACGAUCAAAGAGUUUCAGCAAUCACAGACCACUUGACCCAGAGGUCAUCGCUCAGGUGGAGCACAGCUCACAGGACAUUGAGGCGACUAUGAACACGGCUCUAAGUGAGCUGCGAGAGCUGGAGAGGCAGAGCAACGUCAAACACGCCCCUGACGUGGUGCUUGACACUCUAGAGCAGCUGAAAAGCGGCGGGGCAUCUGAACCCUCCAGCCCGCUUCAUUCCCGCCUGCUCCGUGAGGCCGACUCCUCCCAGAACCUUCUGCAGCGCAGCGCCAGUUCGGCCAGUGACAUGCCCUCCACCUUCCGGCCCGGCAAGAGCUCGGGUCCCAAGAGCCCUCUGUCGUCAAUGUCUACCACAGGUCUGUCCGCUUCCAGCUCCACCUUCAGAGAUAACAAACCCCCAGCCACCAAACCCAAGCCUGUGGUGUUCCCAAAAAGCAGUUCGGCCGGGGGCAGUCCGUCGAUGGGAUCCCCGACCACCACCAUACCGCCAACACCACCACCCCCUCCACCACCCACCGACAAGUCCUGCCUGGUCUGAGCGUUUACAGGCUCGAUCUGUGAUCCGUUUCUUAGGAAUUCCAAGAGCACCCUCUAAUACUGUUUUUUUUGGAUCUUAACAGAAAACUGCGGACAACUUAACAGACUCAAACUGAUAUUGGAUGCUUGCGUGAGUGAGCUUGAGUUUGUGUGUGUGAGUGUGGAAUUAAUAUACACUUGUGGAAAUAUUGGAGUGGUUUUAAAACAGUUUUAGUUUGGAUUGAGACACUCUUCUCUAAUCCCAAAAUUAGUGGUUUUGAUUUUUUUCCGCCUGUAUAUAGACUGAUUUUAUAGGAAAGGGGUCAAACUUUGAGGACGGACGAGCAGUGGAUGUGCUUUCCGAGGACACUUUCUUCCCCUCAGACUUUGGUGCUGGUGCAGCUUGAAGCAGGUUACAGACGGCACAGCAUCGUAGUGAAUAGAAACACAUUUUCCUGAUAUGAAUUUGCCACUCCUUGUCACGUAACAGCAUUACAACCUGAUCUCAAAUCUGUCUUUUUCUACAGAUUCUACGAAUCUGUUAUACAAUAAUCAGUAGUUACAGUUCAUAUAAUCCACACUGGCACAGUCUCUGCUUCUCGUUUUUACAAAUCUUGCCAUCAACAGGCAACUAAACACACCAAAUAAAUGAAAUAGGAGCAUCUCUGCAUGAGGAUUCAUGAUACAAGAUAUUUGCAUGGUGAACAUGGAUUCCCUAAGAAACAGAUUCAUUUUCAUACACAUCAAAAGCACUUCUGAAAUUAUUAACAGUCAUUAACUGUCAUUUUAUUGUACUAUUAUAUCAGCGGGCACAUAAAAAGAGGGUGUUGUUUUGUAUAAGUUUAAUAAUCAUGAUUAUAACUGGAAAAAAAGUCUCUAAAAAUGAGGAAUGUCAUGCAAGCACAUUAUUUCUUCAUAGCCCGUGUAUAAAAAUAAAAACAGGUUAAAUAAAACAUAAUUUUAUUUAAUUUUCCCUAGGUCAUUACUCACCUUUGGGUCUGUAUCAUGGUAUCUAUGUAUUAGUAUGUGUGUUUUCGUACAGUAUGUAUAUUCUGAAUCUUAACAGCCUAACAGCAGCUUUUAAAGAUUUACGGCUUUACAAUACAAAAAAAGGGAAAGACUUCAAACAGACUAACGGGGGACACAUGCAAAAACGUAGCUUGCUUUUCUCCGUUUUUCCAACUCAGAAAGGAUAAGCAUGCAAAAAGCCUCUUUAAAGUCUGACAAUCUUCAUCACACGGUCUGCCUGAUUAUGCCUUCGACAGAAUGGAUCGGACAAGUCUGUAUUUUCCUAAGCGAGGCCUUAUUGUCCUAGAAAAUGAGUUGUGGUGGCAAAAGUAGCCUGCUUCACUUUGAAGCAUUACAAGCCCUGUACAGUCUAACAUGCAUGACUGACUGUGACUCCUGGAAAAUAUCUACGGACAGACUGAGAUGUUUAUGACCCAGGCUUCCCCCCCAAAAAAUAACUUUUUUGAGGACAAGCCUUUUCCUAACGUCUUGUUUUCUGAAUGUGUUGUCGUGUUCUGAAAAUGUCUUCACGGGUGAUUACAUUUGUUCAUGUGUUAAUGAUUGGACGUAUUCUGUGUGUGUUGUUCCUGAUACCUCAUAAAGGCAACUGGAAACUGUCUUAUUGGAGUUCUUUUGUGAGUGGGACUUUUACAUGCAAAUGACAGCAGGAAACUCAUAGUGUGUGUGUGUGUUUAAUGUGUAAUGUUAAUAGUAUGCUGUUGGCCGAGGCCUCUGUUUACACACAUACUGUUUUUUUUUCAUUGUGUAAAUUGAAAUCAAUCAUUAUACACUUGAAUCUGCAUUGUAUGUUUGUGAACGAAUUAAGUGAUGUCCUUUCUUUUUUUUGUGAUCAUAACUAUUGUUAAAAUGUCAUUCCUGUCCAAUUGAAACAAGACUGUAAAAUGAAUUGUCUUGUCAGAUAUAUUUAUAGUUGUCCAUUCAGAUAUCUGUUUCCAGAGAAACCUGUGUUCAGAUGUACUUACAAUAUAUUGUGUAUAUACAAUAGUGUACAUUACAGAGGUACAUUCUUUUUCUUCAUAUUUUGUUUGUGGGGUUUUUUUUUUUUUGGUACAGUAUUGUACAGUUACAGCAAUAGUAGUUGCCACUCAAAUAUACAUUAUAUAAUUCCACGUGUAGUUC